AUGAAGGAGAAUGGAAGGACCGACUCCACUGCGGAGAAGGUAGAGCAUAUAGAGGAGAGCCCAGAUCCCACAUGCGUUCACAAGGAAGAGAAGACAGACCUCGAGGGCCGCUCUCCUAGUAAUCUCAAUGCUGUCUUCGAAAACCCCCUUGCCGGAAUUUCCCGCGAACAACUCUUUAAAGAUGUUGUCGAAUUUUGCACCAAGUACGAUUUGAUGGAUCAUGUCGAGACUUUCAAAAAGGGUGCUCUCAUUUCGCAAAAUCCUGCAUCGGCAACCAGUCUUCCCGAGUUAUCGGAGGAAGAGAGGGAGGCUCUCGAGCGUGAAAAUACCCAUAAGUGGUCACAGCCAUGGCAGUUAUACUUUCUAGCAUCAAUGUGCUCUCUGGCUGCGGCUGUCCAAGGUAUGGAUGAGACCGUCAAUAAUGGUGCCCAGGCUAUCUACUUUGCCGAAGACCAACUCAACAUCACUUCCAAAAAUAUCCAAGGCCUUGUUGUCGGUGCCCCAUACUUAGCUUGUGCGAUUAUCGGUUGCUGGCUUACUGAGCCCUUAAAUCGAUUAUUUGCUCGGCGUGGUACAAUUCUCAUCUCAUGCGUGAUUGCAGCUGUUGCCUCGGUAUGGGAAGGUGUUGCAAAUACCUGGGUCAAUCUUUUCAUUGCUCGCUUUGUUCUUGGUCUGGGGAUUGGGUCAAAGUCGAGUACAGUGCCUGUAUAUGCCGCGGAGUGCUCUCCCGCUCCAAUCCGAGGUGCUCUUGUUAUGAUGUGGCAAAUGUGGACGGCCUUCGGUAUCAUGCUUGGCAACAUAAUGGGUGUUGCGUUCAUGAGUCUAGAUCGAGACAUCAGCUGGCGUCUCAUGCUAGGAUCCACUGUCGUAUUGCCACUGAUUGUCUGCGCUCAAGUCUACUUCUGCCCGGAAUCUCCAAGAUGGCUGAUCCAGCAUGGCAAAAUCCAAAAAGCCUAUACUAAUUUCCGUAUCCUCCGUCCAACGGACAUCCAGGCCGCGAGAGAUUUGUAUUAUGCACAUGUGGGCGUUGAGCUUGAACGAAAGAUUAACAAGGGCAAGAAUUUCUUCGCAAUGUUCAUUGAGCUGUUUACCAUCCCACGAAACCGCCGUGCCACGCUCGCUAGCUGGAUCGUGAUGUUCAUGCAGCAAUUCUGUGGAGUCAACGUCAUUGCGUACUACUCUACCUCCGUCUUCACUGAAGCAAGUUACAGUCUGACUAGCGCGCUACUGGCAUCCAUGGGAACUGGUAUUCUCAACUGGGUCUUUGCCCUACCAGCCUUCUUCACGAUUGAUACCUGGGGUCGCCGGAAUUUGCUACUUUUCACUUUUCCCUUCCUUGCUAUCACUCUCCUAUGGACUGGAUUUUCCUUCUGGAUUGAAGAGGGUAAUGAAACAAGCAAAAAGAGGAUUGCAAUGGUCACCACGGGAAUGUACCUGUUUGAAAUAUUCUACUCUCCUGGAGAAGGGCCCGUCCCAUUUGCGUAUUCCGCUGAAUGUUUCCCGCUGCAAGUCCGCGACGUUGGUAUGUCAUGGGCGACAGCGACUACCUGGUGCUUUAAUUUCAUUUUAUCUUUCACUUGGCCGCAUCUGGUCGAUUCUUUCAAACCCCAGGGUGCCUUCGGUUGGUACGCUGCUUGGUGUAUAAUCGGAUGGUUUUUGGUCCUGUUGUUUGUGCCUGAAACAAAGUGUAAGCAUCCUGAUCGAUCUGAGAUUAACUGUGCUAAUAUUCUAUCGUCAGCUCUUACUCUGGAAGAAUUGGACCAGGUCUUCUCUGUCUCGACUCGUAAGCAUGCCUCGUACCAGAUCAAGAAUGCUGUGUGGCAUUUCCGCGUCUGGGUCCUUCGUCAGAGACUGGAGCCUCUACCAGAAUUCUAUCAAGGUGUCGAGCGUCUUGCGGAAGUAGGUGAUAUAACGUCCAAGGGAGGAAGGAAGGGAGAAACAACGCAUAACGACUAG